UCUCCUCCAUCCCUCUCUCCCUCCCUCCCUCUCCCUCUCGGGUGUUUGCAUGAAUUUCCUCAACCCCUUCCUGAAGAUGACAGAGGAACACGACAAGACGCCGUCGGACGUGCCGAGCCCGACCGUGUCGGAGGAGUCGGCCGACGAUUCCCAGUGCGGUUCGGGCGCCGGGUCCGACGCGGAGAACACCAAACCCGGGGAGAACCGGCAGCCCGACCCGCACCCCCAGAGCCUGGACCACCCCAAGAAGGAGGACGACGACAAGUUCCCCGCUUGCAUUCGCGAGGCCGUGACCCAGGUCCUCAAGGGCUACGACUGGACCCUGGUGCCGAUGCCGGUGCGGGUCAACGGAUCGUCCAAAAACAAACCCCACGUCAAGAGACCCAUGAACGCCUUCAUGGUGUGGGCUCAGGCGGCGCGCAGGAAACUCGCGGACCAGUACCCGCACCUCCACAACGCGGAGCUCAGCAAAACCCUCGGCAAACUGUGGAGGCUGCUGAACGAGGGUGAGAAACGUCCUUUCGUGGAGGAGGCGGAACGCCUGAGGGUUCAGCACAAGAAAGACCAUCCCGACUACAAGUACCAGCCCAGGAGGCGAAAGUCGGUGAAGAACGGGCAGGGAGAGAGCGACGAGGGAGGGGACCAGACACACAUCACCCCCAACGCCCUCUUCAAAGCGCUGCAGGCGGACUCCCCGCACUCUGCAUCCAGUCUGAGCGACGUGCAUUCUCCUGGAGAGCAUUCAGGACAAUCCCAGGGCCCCCCGACCCCUCCCACGACCCCCAAGACAGAAGUCCAACCUGGCAAGCCUGACCUGAAGCGUGAAGGGCGCCCCCUGCAGGAAGGAGGGAGGCAGCCUCACAUCGACUUCAGCAACGUGGACAUUGGGGAGCUGAGCAGCGAAGUCAUGUCCACCAUGGAGACCUUCGACGUCAACGAGUUCGACCAGUACCUGCCUCCCAACGGUCACCCGGGAGUGCCGGUCACUCACCCCGGCCACGGACAGAGCGGCCCGGCCACCUACACGGGCAGCUACGGGAUUAGCAGCACAUCGGCCACCCAAGGCGCGUCCCACCCUUGGUUGUCCAAGCAGCACUCCUUGACCAGCCUGGCCAGUGAGCAAGGGCCUCAGCAGAGGACACACAUCAAGACGGAGCAGUUGAGCCCCAGCCACUACAACGAGCAGCAACACUCGCCCCAGCAGAUCAGCUACGGCUCGUUCAACCUGCAGCACUACAGCUCGUCCUACCCCUCCAUCCCCCGCACCCAGUAUGACUACUCCGACCACCAGAGCACCAACUCCUACUACAGCCACGCUCCAGGCCAAACCAGUGGCCUCUACCCCACCUUCACCUACAUGAGUCCAUCCCAGCGCCCCAUGUACACGCCCAUUGCCGAUACCACCGGCGUCCCGUCCAUCCCGCAAACCCACAGCCCUCAGCACUGGGACCAGCCCGUCUACACACAGCUGACCAGACCUUAGUGACUGACCACACACUGUUGUUGUCGUCGUCGUCGUCUUUUUCUUCGUUUGGACUCGAGUACGCACACGGUUUGCCGAGGACCAGGAGAGCUCCUGCAGAUCCAACCUGCACUAACACAAAACUGCUGUCACAAAGUGGCUCCCCCCCCUUCCUCAUCUCUUACCUCCUCUUUCCCCCACCACC